UGGUGCUUAAGAAUUUCUGAGGACUCGGGCGAGAAACCUUACGAUAAGAGAAGGGAGCGGCGGUGCCAGAAAGAGAGAGUAGCUUGCUAGAGCGGUGCCAAUCUCUAUUCUAUCAUUUGACUGAUCGAAAGUAGUUCCAACCUGUCGUAGUCCACUGUGAAUCGAUAGUGAAGCAACUGCUGUGGGCAUGGAAUGUUAGUGUUCACAAUAAGUUUUUAUUCAACGCUGGUCUCGUUCCAAGAGUUUGAAAAAUCAGGCUCUUCUCUUCAUCAAUAGUUCACUGUUCCUGCCAAAUCUCACCUUGUGCCACACUUUUUGAUCAGAUCGGUGAUCAAUUUGUUUGCCCUGCGACGCCAGUGUGUGGGUUUCCACUGGCCGGCGAUGGCAACGCGCGCUCUCGAUUUGGAACAGGAAACAGUGCCCACCUCCGGAAAACGACGGUGAUAGAGCUAGACUCAUAAUUCAAGUGACCUCCUACGUCUAUAAAGAUACUAUUUGCUAUAGUUCGUAUCACCCCAGCGAGAAAAAACCCCCAACAACAAAGGUUUCGAUAUCGUCAAAGGCCAGAAAGAUUAUGAAGUGAUCAGUGUGAUUCCUGGAGUACUGAUCGUGGAUCCAACAUCCACUGACUCUCUGUGUUUUGCUGAAACAGGAACAGCCUAUUGUUUGGCGUCACGUUGACUCGAGGAACAUGAGAGGCAGACGGUUAAUAGACGUGUCCCAGCUGGGCCAUUAAUCUCGCCAAAAAGAUUCGCACAUGGCAGAGAGAUGGCAAGGGUCACAUUGUCGUUAUUGACAAGGAUGAGAAAUCGCUGAGCGAAUCGUUUUUAAAGAAGCUACAGAUUUGCGGGAGCUCUGAGAGCCAACAAGAGGAUCAAACCUCCCCCGAGGAAGACCAAGUCAGAGCUGUACAAUUGUUCAGGGUAAAUGGAGAUCGAGUCAUGUACGAUAUGCCACUUGCUGCUAAACAGCCACUCAAGCAAAAGCUUCUGACGUCAACGGAUUGCUUUCUCCUGGACUCUGGCCCCUCACUGCCACUUUACAUAUGGGUAGGAGCAAGGGCAGAGCCUGAUGACAGACGCAGGGCAUUAUUCCGGGCACGGAUCUUUGCUCAGCACCACGGCUAUCCCGGGACGACGCAUCUAUGCCGGGUGGCUGAGGGAGAGGAGCCGAUGGACUUCAGGAAAAUGUUCGCCGAAUGGAGGGACCGGACGGCCGGGGAGCGUCAGCUGGUUCGGAGCUAUAGUGUAGCCAACAUAGGACGUGUUCUAUUCUCAAAGUCAGACAGACGCACAGUGGCGAAACUAUCAGAAUUAUGGUCAGACGACCAUUUUCUCACUGGAAACGGAAACACAGAGGUACGUGUCUUGGAUGGGAAGGAACCGAAACAUUUCCUCAACACCCUGAGGCGCAGCAUGAUUGUGUUCGACCUGAGCCUGCUUAGUGGGAGGAGCAGCUCCGGAGGUAGUGGAAGUUGCACGGACCCUGACGUGUGGAUGUACUGUGUGCGGGAGGUGGCCGCUGAGACCAUGAGAGUCACACAGGUUCCGCCAACAUCGACCUCCUUGAAUUCUUCAGCAGCCUUUAUCGUCAUCACAGACAACUCCUCGUACGUCUGGUACGGAAAGAAUGCAAGUGCCCUUGAAAGAGAGUAUUCAAAGAGCAUGUUAGCCUACCUGUGCCCUACCAAAUCUCAUGACUACGAUAUCAUUGUUGAAGGCAAAGAACCAACAAGCAUGUGGAUGGUCAUUCGAUAUGAUGGGGUCUACCCUAAGGAGUUUCCUAAACCCAAUUUAGAGAGACGCAGUCCUCGUCUGGUGCUCUGUCGCCCCUUGAAGGGCUCAUGGGUUUUUGAGGACGUUCCCUACUUUUGCCAAGAGGACCUUUGUGAAACGGACAUCUUUAUUUUGGAUACUCAUGAUCAAAUUCACCUUUGGUGCGGCAGUGCUGUUGCCGACAGAGACCACAGCUUGUAUUCUCCGGUUAUUCAGGCGUAUAUCGACCGUGACCCGUCUCUAAGACAAAGCGAGGACCUCAAGGUCUGGGUGGUCAAUCAGGGACACGAACCCUCUACUUUCUACAAAUUCUUUAGAUCGUGGGAAGAACAUGGAUAUGGG